GGUUUUCCGCACACAUGUGGGUGCAGCGGCAGCAGCAGCAGCAGCAGCAGCAGCGGCUUCCGUGUAAGCGCUGCGUAUACGUGGCUUAUAUCUUGCUGUAUUUCGUGUGUGCGCGCUGAAACCUCGACUCAAGUGACGCAUUAGCGCAGCGAUCAGCGAGUGAGAUACAUUUGCGAUGUGCUAAUGUGCGAUACAUCCAUCUAAGACGUUCUCGACUUGAAUGAGUGACGUACGCGUAUACAUACGUCAGAAUACGUGCGUAUAUUGUAGACUCGGUCGCCCGCAGCUGUAGCAGGGGACCCAAUAAAGAGCAGAAGCUAAACAAGCAUACGUCAGCUUCAGUUGAGACGUGCCCUCAGCAUCCAGCAGCGAACGUCGUGAGAACAGACGAACACGGGCGGCACUGUACAUCGUCUCUCCGUCGGCGUGCGCGUUCAGCGGUAAAUUAAACUACCGUAGUGAGUGACGGCGUGCGGAUCACUAGCCUCGACGCACGCACUGCACGGAAUGCACGCGCGCCUGACAGCGGACAGGCUGUCUCUAAGCUGAAGCGCCGUUUUAACAGACAUGCCCGCGUUGUUGUUGUCGUCGUGCUUCUAAUCGAUAUCGUCAACGCCAGCGCGAACAACGAAAGUCCUGUAAGGCAAGAGGGUCUCUCACAGAUCGCGAACUUAACGUACUGCGUUCCCGCCGACAGCUCAGCAUAUAGACGCCGACAUUUGGUCGGUCACUGCGAAACGGGACACGCCCCCCACAACGGGAGUUGACGGUAAUCGAAAUAUGGCAUCAGCAGCAGCAGCAGCAGCUUCGAGAGACAGCCGCGAACAGUGAGUGACAAUGGUCGACCCUAUAUUCGAUUACCAGUUUCGCCUCAUCCUGCUCGGCGACAGCACGGUCGGCAAAUCGUCGCUGCUGAAAUACUUUUGCGAGGGAAAGUUCUCCGAGCAUCUCGACCCGACGGUGGGGGUCGACUUCUACACGAGAUUGGCCGAGGUGCGGGCAGGUGUACGCGUGAAGCUGCAGCUGUGGGAUACGGCUGGACAGGAGAGAUUCAGGUCCAUCACGAGGUCGUACUACAGAAACUCUGUGGGAGCGCUCAUCGUCUACGACAUUACGAACAGGGAUUCGUUCCUGCACGUGUCCGAUUGGCUGCGUGAAGCUGGAGAGCACAUGGAGCCGAGGAAGACCGUCUUCCUGCUCAUCGGUCACAAAACAGACAUGGAGAAAGAACGGCAGGUGAGCGAGGACGAAGGUGCGAAGCUAGCGAAAUUCUACGAUGUUACCUUUUUCGAAACUUCUGCAAGAACUGGCGAGAAUAUCGAAGCAGUGUUUCAAGCAAUUGCAACCAAGAUUUACACACUGCUUGAGAAGGGCGAGGUCGGUGUGGAGGAGGGGUGGGAGGGGAUUAAAUUCGGGUUUGGCCGGCCAAUGCGACAAUCGUCUUUCCAGCUACCCACCGCCGAACAAAAUGAAACAGGAUGCUGUUAGCAUCCAAUGAAAUGCCGCAAAUAAUCGGAUACGUUACAACUAUACAUGUGUGUGCGUGUACGAGUUCAUCUAUACACACCCACACCGAAAUAAUUAUUUGUUGUUUUUGACAAAUAAUUAUAUACGGAAAUAUACGGCACGAAUUAUUAGAGAAAUUAUGAAAUAAACUGACAAUAUUUAAUUCGUCAUAGUCAAGUCAUUGACGUUGAUUUCUAAAGUCUGGAGCGAGAACACUAGAAAGCAACAGGCCACAAUACACAUGACAUAGAUAUGACCGCCGUAUAUUUGUUCCAUGUUUAUGCAAUGCGCAUGCACGUGCUCUGUCUUGAUUAACCUGUUAGAGCAGUUUAGUUGCAGCAGUGCUCCGGUUGCUAAGAUACUAGACGAUAAAGAAAUUUUUCUUCAUGGCCGGGAUAUUUUGAGCAAACGGGUUUUCACAUCCAUCCAGCACGGCUAUAGCAGUGUUCACUCUAUUGCCACCGACUCCACCUACCAAAUAUGGGAUUAACUCACGUAUUACGUAUUCUGCUGUCAUGUUUAAGUGAUUGUGUAAAUGUUGUAAUAUAAAGUUGUCGUUACUGACCUACUAUGAGAAUCUUUGUAGAUGGCGAUGUUUAGGAGUGUACAUGGACAUGUAAUUCAACGGUUACAAGAAAAUGUCACAAAGACAUGCGCGAGUCAUUUGCGUUAAAGGUCAGUUUAUACCAGGAUUUGCUUUUGUUUGUAGUUUAAACGUGUAAAAUUACUAUAUUUUGGAAAGAUGUUGGUUUUGAAAGUUAUAUUAAACUUUGUUCGAUACUGUA